AUGAGCUCACGACAGAAGAUCCGGACGACCCUGACCGACCUGUUCGGCGUGAAGCACCCCGUCAUGCUCGCCGGCAUGGGCGUCGCUGCCGGGCCGAAACUGGCGGCGGCAGUCACGAACGCCGGCGGCAUCGGCGUCAUCGGCGGCCACGGGUACAGUCCCGAUGGACUGCGGGAACAGAUCGACGAACUCAAGUCGUACUUGAACGAUAAGGACGCGCCGUUCGGCGUCGACAUUCUGCUUCCCCAGGUGGGCGGCAACGCACGCAAGACGAACUAUGACUACACCAAAGGCAAACUGAUGGAGCUCAUCGAGGUGGUCGUCGAGUCCAAGGCUCGCGUCUUCGUCUCCGCCAUCGGCGUGCCACCCCGACAGGCGGUGGAUCGUCUCCACGCUGGCGGCGUCUUGUACAUGAACAUGAUCGGGCACCCCAAGCACGUGCAGAAAUGCCUGGAUCUGGACGUGGAUAUCCUGUGCGCCCAGGGCGGCGAAGCGGGCGGGCACACCGGCGACAUUCCCUUCUCGGUCCUGAUCCCCAGCGUGGCCAAGCUGCUCAAGGGCAAGAAAAGCACCUUCACCGGCGUGGACGUGCAGCUCGUCGCUGCGGGCGGUGUCUCCGGUGGUGAGAGUCUCGCUGCCGCUCUGAUGCUGGGAGCGUCUGGCGUAUGGGUUGGGACCAGGUUCAUUGUGGCCAACGAGGCGGGCGCGUCCAAAGCUCACCAAGAGGCCGUGCUGAGCGCUACCGUGGACGACACGAUUCGGAGCGUCAUAUUCUCGGGCCGUCCGCUCCGAAUACGUAAGACGCCGUACAUUCUCAACUGGGAGGAGAACCGGCAGCAGGAGAUCAAGACGUUGACGGGCAAGGGCAUCCUACCGGUCCAGAACGACGCCGAGGAACAUCCGGACGACGAAGAGGUCCUGGACAACAUGCAUCCGUAUCUCAUGGGCAUUGUGGCGGGCACGGUGAACCACCGGAGCAGCGCGCGAGAGAUUGUGGAUGAGAUCGUGGAUGGGGCCGUCGAGAGACUCCGCGCGGGCAGUGUGAUGCUGGUCAAUGAGCCGAAGCUGUGA